AUGAAGUGGCUUGUGAUCCUUGUGCUGGUGGCCCUCUCAGAGUGCUUAGUCAUAAUCCCUCUAAUGAAGGUCAAGUCCAUCCGAGAGAAGCUCAGGGAAAAAGGUUUGCUGGAAAAUUUCCUGGAGGAACAUCCUUAUGACAUGAUCCAGAACCAAGGGAGCCAGAAUUCUACCUUUAAAAGGAAAGUCAUUCGUCACCGCUUGAGGAACUACUUCGAUAUGGUCUACGUGGGCAACAUCACCAUUGGAACACCCCCCCAGCAGUUCAGCGUGGUCUUUGACACGGGCUCAACUGACUUGUGGGUGCCCUCCGUCUACUGCCACAGCAUGGCCUGUGUUACACACGAUAUCUUCGACCCUUUUCAAUCCAGCACCUUCCGGUUUGCGGCCACACACAUCCGACUAGAAUACGGUUCUGGGAUAGUGUCAGGAUAUCUUGGCUAUGACACCGUUCGGAUUGGGACACUUAUCAUCAUGGGCCAGGGAUUUUGCAUCACCUCGUGGGAAGAAAGUAAGACCUUUGAACAUGCUCCCUUUGAUGGCAUGCUGGGCCUGGGCUAUGCCAGCCUCGGGAUCCGUGGGGUCACUCCUGUCUUUGACAACAUAAAGAGACGGGGCUUCCUUGAUCAGCCUGUCUUUGCCUUCUACUUGAGCACCAAGAGUGAGCAGGGCAGCGUGGUGAUAUUUGGUGGUGUUGACCACAGAUACUACAGAGGAGACCUCAGGUGGGUGCCCCUGUCGAAACCGCACUACUGGCAGAUCGCCUUGGACAGGAUCUCCUGGAGAGGGUAUGUUAUUGCUUGUAAGGCUGGCUGCCAGGCCAUCGUGGAUACCGGAACCUCGUUGCUGCGUGGUCCAAAUGCAGCUGUCAGAAUCAUCCAGAAGCUCAUCGGCGCCCAUUACUUCAAUCGUGAGUAUGUGAUCCGAUGUAGUGCCCCAGACACCCUGCCUGACAUCGUUUUCACCAUUAACAAUGUCCACUACCCAGUGCCAGCUCGUGCCUACAUCCGAAAGAACAGUAACGGAAUCUGCCUCAGCAACUUUAAAGGGCUCAUAGGUUAUUUCAACCGCGAAGAGAUAUGGAUCCUGGGUGACGUCUUCUUAAGGCUGUAUUUCACCGUUUUUGAUCGAGGACAGAACAGGAUUGGCCUGGCUACUGCAGUGUAA